GUCAUUUAGUUUUCGAACCUUCGACGGAUCGCAAGACAUCAAAAUUUUAGUUACGGCUUUUGUUGAUCGCACGUCUGAAAUUGGAAACUAAAAAAAAAAGAAUCAACACAAAAGGAAAAAUGCUAACUGUUAAGUGCGAAUAUACAUACUUACAUAUAAAAAUGACUGAAUCCAAAUCAAAAUACAACUUUGACUUCGAGAAGCUGAAGCAGACGUUUGAAGAGAUCUGUCCGGAUUUCAGAGAGGAGCCCAGCUAUGAGAAGGCCACUGUGAGUCGUCGCUUUGCCGAGAAUAUGAUUUUCCACAUCAGCAAGGAGGCAGCGGCAGCCAAGACCAAGAAGAAGGAUAUGUCGUGGUCGAUCCGACUGGAUGUAAUUAAUGCUAAGGGAACUUCAAUCCAAAGCGAAGUAAAGAUCCAGACCCACUGGAUCCUCGAUCCACCGCAAAACCAACCAGCUAUAAUUCGGGGUGUUCUGCUGUUAUCAUUCAAGCAUGCUAGUCUUCUUGCGGUGAAGAAAUACUGCCAAUUAGUUCCACAUCAGGUGAAGCGAGGUGAGGUUGUACUUACUCCCCUGGCUGGAGCAGUGUUCUCCAAAUUUGAAAUACCCAAACUGGCUCAAGCUAUUGGUGAACCACUUAAAGAAAUCGUAGUGGCCAUCAUCAGCAGCUGCCAAACCGAUGGAUAUUAUCUGAAAUACAGUCAGUGUCACAUCGCUUUGGUAGCCCUCAUUAAAACAGUCUCGGAUCUCAAGAUGCGAGCCUCCCUUGUCAAGAAGACUAUCAAAAUGUAUAAGUAUCAUGGCAAGGAGUUCAAUAUGGACAAGUUUAAAGUGUGGUGCACGUUCCUCAAGAAAUCUGCUCCCACAAAGCACCGAAAUGAUGGGGAUGAUGAUGACUAUGAUAUGCUGACAGAACAAAUUCUUCAGACCUUCCAGCUCUCCAGCGAGGAGGAGAAACGCAAAGUAAAAAUGCCUGCUAAGUGCGCAGCUAAUUUUCUGUACCCAAAAUCAAAAUCGUAGGGGGUUUGCAGCAUGCGAUGGAUUUGUAUUUUCCAGAAACUUCGGAUUCCUUUUUGGGAGUGAUUAUGCCAUGAGAGUAGAGAAAUCGCAAUGGUAUCUAAAAAUUUGAACUUUAUUGUGUCAUUCUUUUCUUUUAUAAUUAAGAGUUAAUCUAAAUAAAAAGCCUUUUUCUAUUUCUUUCA